CGCUCCUCCCUCCCUGGGCUGCACCGCUCACGCCUUCCUGUUAGUGCGAGCUGGGAGAAGUUCACUCCGAUCAGCUGAUCCCAACUGACAACAGGCGAGCAGGAAGCCCGUGAAGCUACGAAGGAGGAGGGGAGCGGAGAUGGAGAUGAGGAUGGAUCUGCCGGUGCCCUGAGGAACAACCCCCGCCCACACCGGCGCCCUGCGGCCCCCCAACGCCACCUCGCCGCGGCCGAGCUGUUCCGUGGCUCCUCCGCUCCGGCCCCUCGGGUUGUGGUGGUGGUGUCUGGAAGGAAGGAAGGCUGAGGAACCCCUGGCUGGAGAGGAGCGUCACGGUGGGGGCCUGAGUGGGCAGAUUGUUUGCUUGGCCCGGAGGGGGGAGGUAUUCUCUGAAAUACUGGCUUGAGGUUGAAGUAUACUGAAAAGCUCUUGACCACUUUCUUUACUACCAAAUCCCUGUGGCCGAGGCCCAACCGAUGAGCACCUCUGUGACCUAUCAGACCUCUCUCAUAUAGCCAUAAAUGACCCGUUCAAGUUAAUUUUGACCACAAAUUUGCCUGCACUUUAUGGAGGAUGAAAUCAUCAAACCAAAUCAACGUUGCUGCUGAUACAAGAGUCUCGGAGGCAGAAAAUUAGAAAUUCAAACGUUUGUCAGUGUGUAAAGAAUUAUAAUAGGACAUUGAAGGUUUUCUUUUUUAAGGUGUUGAGAACCCUGUGGAAGUUCUGUGCAGUCUUCAGGCCCCAAGCCUUUGUCUUCACUCUUGGGACAAGCUCGGUGACUGUUACAUGGUGGGUGUGUUUCCUUACCAAUCUGAGUAUGAGUGCCCAGACUUCCCCAGCAGAAAAGGGCCUGAAUCCUGGGCUGAUGUGCCAGGAAAGUUAUGCCUGCAGUGGGACUGACGAAGCUGUCUUUGAGUGUGAUGAGUGCUGUAGUCUGCAGUGUCUCCGUUGUGAGGAGGAACUUCAUCGGCAAGAGCGCCUGCGAAACCACGAGCGGAUAAGGCUCAAACCUGGCCACGUCCCUUACUGUGACUUCUGCAAGGGUCCCAAUGGGCAUUUGCCAAGUGUUAGGCAGAGGGCAGUCGUGAGGUGUCAGACCUGCAAAAUCAACUUGUGCCUGGAGUGCCAGAAGAGGACUCAUUCUGGGGGUAACAAAAGGAGACAUCCUGUUACUGUGUACCAUGUCAGUAACAUCCAGGAGUCGCUGGAAGCAGAAGAGAUGGAUGAGGAGACCAAGAGGAAGAAGAUGACUGAGAAGGUUGUGAGUUUCCUCCUAGUAGAUGAAAAUGAAGAAAUUCAGGUAACGAAUGAAGAGGACUUUAUUAGAAAAUUGGACUGCAAACCUGAUCAGCAUCUGAAGGUGGUUUCCAUUUUUGGAAAUACUGGUGAUGGGAAGUCUCAUACUCUCAACCACACUUUCUUUUAUGGUCGUGAAGUCUUUAAAACCUCCCCUGCCCAGGAGUCGUGCACUGUGGGAGUGUGGGCAGCCUAUGACCCAGUCCACAAAGUAGCAGUGAUAGACACGGAAGGGCUCUUGGGAGCUACCGUGAAUCUAAGCCAGAGAACACGUCUGCUACUUAAGGUCCUGGCCAUCUCAGACCUGGUCAUCUAUCGAACUCAUGCAGACCGGCUGCAUAAUGACCUCUUCAAAUUCCUUGGGGACGCCUCGGAAGCUUAUCUGAAGCACUUCACGAAGGAGCUCAAGGCUACCACUGCCCGCUGUGGCUUGGAUGUCCCUUUAUCCACCCUGGGCCCUGCAGUUAUCAUUUUCCACGAGACUGUACACACGCAACUAUUGGGCUCUGAUCACCCCUCAGAGGUGCCAGAGAAGCUCAUCCAGGACCGGUUCCGGAAGCUGGGCCGCUUCCCUGAAGCCUUUAGUUCCAUUCACUACAAGGGAACGAGGACUUAUAACCCUCCCACAGACUUUUCUGGGCUGCGGCGUGCUUUGGAGCAGCUGCUGGAAAACAACACCACCCGUUCUCCCCGGCACCCAGGGGUCAUCUUCAAAGCCCUGAAGGCCUUGAGUGACCGCUUCAGUGGGGAGAUCCCUGAUGACCAGAUGGCACACAGCUCCUUUUUUCCAGAUGAGUACUUCACCUGCUCCUCCUUGUGCCUCAGCUGUGGGGUUGGAUGUAAGAACAGCAUGAAUCAUGGGAAGGAAGGAGUGCCUCAUGAAGCCAAGAGCCGCUGUAGAUACUCCCACCAGUACGACAACCGAGUCUAUACCUGCAAGGCCUGCUACGAGAGAGGCAAGGAAGUCAGCGUAGUGCCCAAAACAUCUGCUUCCACCGACUCUCCCUGGAUGGGUCUCGCAAAAUAUGCUUGGUCUGGCUAUGUGAUCGAAUGUCCCAACUGUGGUGUGGUCUAUCGGAGUCGGCAGUACUGGUUUGGGAACCAAGAUCCUGUGGAUACAGUGGUGCGGACGGAGAUUGUGCACGUGUGGCCUGGAACCGAUGGAUUUCUGAAGGACAAUAACAAUGCCGCACAGCGCCUGCUGGAUGGGAUGAAUUUCAUGGCUCAAUCAGUGUCCGAACUUAGCCUCGGGCCCACCAAGGCUGUGACAUCCUGGCUGACGGACCAGAUUGCUCCUGCCUACUGGAGGCCCAACUCCCAGAUCCUGAGCUGCAACAAGUGUGCGACGUCCUUUAAAGAUAACGACACUAAGCAUCACUGCCGGGCCUGCGGGGAGGGCUUCUGUGACAGCUGUUCAUCCAAGACACGGCCAGUGCCCGAGCGGGGCUGGGGCCCUGCGCCUGUGCGGGUGUGUGACAACUGCUAUGAAGCCAGGAAUGUCCAGUUAGAUGUUACUGAGGCACAGGCGGAUGAUGAAGGAGGAACAGUGAUUGCUCGGAAGGUGGGCGAGGCUGUGCAGAACACUCUGGGAGCUGUGGUGACAGCCAUUGACAUACCACUGGGUCUGGUAAAGGAUGCGGCCAGGCCGGCGUACUGGGUUCCUGACCACGAGAUCCUGCAUUGCCACAACUGCAGGAAGGAGUUCAGCAUCAAGCUCUCCAAGCACCACUGCCGGGCCUGCGGACAGGGCUUCUGUGACGAGUGCUCCCAUGACCGCCGGGCUGUCCCCUCUCGUGGCUGGGACCAUCCUGUCCGAGUCUGCUUCAACUGCAAUAAAAAGCCCGGUGACCUUUAACCCCAGCCCCUCUCGGAGUCCUUCACAAUUCCUUAGGUUCUCAGGGUUAGAAACAGAAGUCUCAUCGAGGUAGGCCCUCCUCCCGGUCACCUACUGUGGUGUGUGUCCUCUCCUCUACUCCUCCUGGGGCCACUUUCCCUCAGUGGGGGGGUGAGCCUGGCGGCAGGACCGAAGGCGUUAACCCCUCAGGGCAGGGGCCGAGCAACUCAUAGCAAAGGGGAACGAAUCCGUUGCAUUUGUUUCAUUUAACAAUAGUAAGUAUACAUGUGUAUAUCUCUCCAUAUAUACAUAUGAAAGGAGCCUGGAAUGUGUUGGGACUGCUGCUGGCUGCGAAGACCUAGCCCGGUCUGUCCCCAGCACAGGGAUAAGGUGGCGGUGGCAGUGGCAGCAGGUCUUCCCCACAAACUUGUGCCAGGUGCAAAGCCACUGCGUUGCUGUGCUUUCUCCUUUCCGCUCCUCUCCCAGCCUCAGAAGCCUCUCCUUCCCUUGCCCUUUCCCUGGGAAGUGAGCUCUCAGGGGCAUCUUGUUUCAAACAGCCUGAAGGGAACUCUACCUGGCCUUGGGCGGGGAGGGGGGUCACGUCCCAGUUCUUAACUUAAGCGUGUGUCAGAGACCACCCAACUUAGUGUGCAGGUCACCCUAGUGGGUGGAGGGUCAGGGGUUGGGUCUUCAGCCCUGAGAAGUCAAAAUGCAGAUCCAUGCUGUCCCCUGUACCUGGGAGAACCGGAAAGGCAAGGGGCCCUCCUGCAGUGCUUCCUGUUCCUGGGUGCUUCUCUCUACUAGGCAUCCCUAAAGGCUGCACCUUGCUCCCGUGCUGAAGCACCUGCCACCUCCUACCCUUUCCAUCUCCUUCCAGCCCAUGAUUUGCUUCUGAUCGCACUAGGAUUUUUAUUGCUUAAAGUGUCUUAAAUCUUUGUUCCCAGACACAAACCCUCUAGCUAUUGGAGGGAUGAUCAUGAGAAACCUUCCAGGGAAACAGAGCACAGAAUGGACUGUUAGUUUUUUUAAAGUAUAUAUAAAUAUUUCAACAGAUCAUAAAGAAAAAAUUCUCUUUUCAGUCCUUGCAAGAGAAGUCAAACGAACUUUUAUUUUCUUGUCAAGAGCUUGAACAUCCAUAUCUAUUGUGACCGGAAAGAGACUGUUGUGCUGAAAUCCUGUCAUCAUGGUGGAUUUUAUCUUCAAUGGCCAAAAAUGAAGACUGAACUGGUGGGUGGGUUGAGGUGCAUGGGUGGUCAUUCCUGGCGUGAGUAUCAGUUUGACACAAGCCCUGGAGUGUGUUGGUCCUUCUCCAACCUGCUCCUUACCACCUGCUGUGGCCCAGUGACUGAGGCCCUAUUCUAGAACUGUGUAUUAUCAAAUUUGCCAUUAUAAAGGAAUCUUCCUGC